AUGAAGUGCUGGAUUUACCCCGGAGACGCUGAGAAAAGGGAGAGAGGCUCGCAAAACCUGGUCCUGACCCAGCAGACACUACACUGGCCACUGUGGGAAGUGGUAUGGAGGGAUGCGGCCGCUGUGGACUCAACUCCAGUGGUGCUGGAGCCGGGUCAGGGAUUUCCAAAGAAGCGCGCCGUUCUCUGUGUGGGAAGGUCAUACCUGUGCGACGGAGCGUCUCGGGGUGUGGAGACAAUGCACCUGGUACCGUAA